AUGGCUACACUCAAGCCAAGUCUGGCCUUUGCAGGCCUCGGAGCGAUGGGCUUCGGCAUGGCCUCCCACCUCCUCAAAUCUGGCUUCCAAGUAAUUGGGUACGACAUCUACCAACCAUCAGUUGAUAAACUCGUCGCAGCAGGAGGGAAAGGAGCACAAUCACCUCGCGACGCCGUCAAGAACGUCGACUUCCUGAUCUGCAUGGUCGCAAUCAUCGGUCAUGCCAAGACCCUCCUUUUUGACCACGAGCAGGGCGCGGUCACUGCCAUGCCCAAGGGCGCAACGAUACUGAUGUGUUCGACGGUAGCUCCUGCCGACAUAAAUGAUCUUGUCGGCCUCUUUCAUGAUUCAGGCAGGUCCGACAUCCGUCUGAUCGACUGCCCCGUCUCCGGAGGCAGUGGACGCGCAGCAAAUGGCACUCUCUCGAUCUUUGCUUCUGGCGUAGACCCCGACUUGGAUAGCGCGCAGCCGAUUCUAGAUUGUAUGAGCACCAGGCUGUACCAUAUUCCUGGAGGCUUGGGUGGGGGUUCGAAAGCGAAGCUGAUCCACCAGAUCUUUGCGGGCGUGCAGAUUGCGAUGUCAUCUGAGGCGAUGAGUCUCGCAGCGCAGGCCGGACUGAACACUCAAGACGCGUUCGAGAGAUUGAAGAAAGGUGAUGGGUCGAGUUGGAUGUUUGAGAACAGAGUGCCGCCGAUGCUUGAUAGAACCACGCCGCCGUAUUCUGCGAUCGCGAUAAUUAAGAAGGACGUGAAGAUCAUCACGAAGACUUGUAGAGAGGAGAAAUUUCCGCUUCCUAUACUGGAGAGGGCGGAGGCUUUGUACGACGAGGCAAGCGCGGCUGGGUGGGAUAGGGAGGACGAUUGUGUUCUGGUGCGAUUGUUUCUACCCAGUCAGCCUGAGCUAGUCGUACAACAGGCGGGGUCAUACAAGCCUUCGAAAGGCUCUACGUUGACGAUCAGUGACAUUGAGAUAAUGCUGAUCAGUGUUCACCUAGUCGGCAUGAGUGAAGCGAUGCAAUUCUGCGAGCAUCUAGGAAUUGAGACAGACCUGAUGUUUGACAUCGUGAGUAAUGCUGCUGGAGCUAGCGCUGUCUUCUCCAAAUACUUCACGCAGAUGCAGAAAGGCAGUUGGUCGCUUCGUUCUGUCCCAAAGGCAAAAGAACUACUCAGGAGUCUUAUUCGCAACGCUCCAUUGGCUGGAAUGGCAGCUUUACCAGUAAACCAAGAUGCCUAUGGAUGCUUGGGAAAGCUCCCACCCGAGAUUCGCCGCAAGAUCUACAAGUACGCCCUCAAAGGCGACGUCAUAGUCGUUUUUACCGAUCCACACAUGUCAUUCGCACAUCAGCAGAAGUCUACGCCUGCCUUGUUGAGAGCGUCACGUGUCAUUUUCCUUGAAUCCCAGCCAAUUCUCGACCAGAGCGUCGUCAUGAUUCAUCACUUCGAAUUCUCGUCAUACUUUCAAGCACCAGUCGCUUACAAGGAGAUACGUCUUGAACAUUUCCGCCAUAUUAACGAUAUCGACAUUGUCGUAGAGAUCAAAGCCCCCGAGCUCCGCACACGCAUAAUAUCGUACUCCGAGAACCAGUGGCAUAUGGAAGGAUUUCCCUGGCGUCAAUUCCUCAAACACUUCCAAGGUACUUCAUUUGCACGCAACAAAUGCACGGUAGACUUCUCCACAGUCGUCGAGGAAAUAGACUUCAUGCCACUAUCAACCGCCAUUCUCCGAGGGCCCUUUGGCUUUCUUCUCCGCAGCCUCGUCAGCUUCCAGACUACGAUCAUACGAUUCAUCAACAUUGAGGAAAAAGGCAGCCCGAUAGGACCACAUCUGGUGCGAAAGACAAUCAACGUUGCCGGCAUCCAGCGAUACCUAGAAUCCACCCUCGGCCCAUGUGAAAAGAUUACCGAAAACAAGCAAUCUGAAGAUCAAGAGAGCCAGGUCGGCGUGGUAACGCUCGAAUUCAAGCCCUACAAGUUUCACCAAGACGAGAAGAGGGUCAGGGCGCUAGGAGGGAGACUAUGA